AUGAUCAGUGACGGAAGACCGGGGAUGCUGAUGACGAUCGAAACUCCGAUCGCUGUAUUCAGCAUAGCCAUGCAGAGAGGACGGCCGAGGCGAUCGAUUGAGAAGCAUUUGAAACGAAGUUUCAAUCUUCUUGAACAACCGAGAAUGGUGAAUCUGAGUGUCCUGGAGAGCGGUGAUCGACGCGACGACGGAACUCAUUUGCGCAUCCACUGA